AUGCAACCAAAUAAGAAGCAAAAAACUCAUCAUGACACCAUUGUUGAAUUCAAACGCUCAAUCAAACCAAAAUCUCGCUUACUUCUCACACCUGAUGUACCUUUAAUAUUUGGCAGUUAUGUCAAAGUCAUACUCCAUACUACAUGUCUAUUGGCUUUAUUGACAUUAUUCUUUGGAAUCUACAUGGCAGUCUCAAAAGAAAUAAACGAGAGAUUUGACCAAGAUGUCAAAUUUCUUGAAAAUGUCAUUAGUGUAUGUAGGCAGAAGUAUACUGGAAAUCACUGUUCACACCCAGACUUGGCUCCAUUUCUUAAACCUUACUGUAAUGAAUGGAAACAAUAUCCUUUAUAUACAGCAAAGAUAGCUACCCGUAUAUUCGGCGAAUUGGUCAAUGGCCUGGUUGAAUCCCUGACACUGAAAUCCAUGAUUGGUAUAUGUCUACUGGCCUUUGGAUCCUUUAUGCUUUCAUCUCUUGCUUUUUAG